GGCGGCGGCGGGGCGGCUCUCGCGAGAGCGGCGCCGGGCGGCGGCGGCGGAGCCAUGUUGCGGGCGGUCGCGGCGCGGGGCGUGCGGCGGGCGGCAUCACUGCUCCAGCGGUUUCAGAGUACGUUGGUCAUAGCAGAACACAACAAUGAGACUCUUACACCCGUUACACUAAAUGCCGUCACUGCGGCAAAACGUCUUGGAGGUGAAGUUUCUUGUUUGGUAGCUGGUACCAGCUGUGACAAGGUAGUGCAAGAACUCAGCAAAGUGCAGGGUGUUGCAAAAGUUCUCGUGGCUCAGCAUGAUGUAUACAAGGGAUUUCUAGCAGAGGAGCUGACUCCCUUGGUUUUGGCAACUCAGAAACAAUUUAAUUACACCCAUAUUUGCGCUGGAGCAUCUGCCUUUGGGAAGAAUCUUAUUCCCAGAGUGGCUGCUAAACUUGAUGUUGCCCCUAUUUCUGACAUCAUUGAGAUUCAGUCACCAGACACUUUUGUGAGAACUAUCUAUGCAGGAAAUGUCAUUUGCACCGUCCAAUGUGAUGAAGCGGUUAAAGUGUUUUCUGUACGGGGAACUUCUUUUGAGGCUGCACCAACAAGUGGUGGUAGUGCCAGUGUAGAAAAAGUAACCCCUCCACCGCCUGUUGGUCAAUCUGAAUGGAUUGAGCAGAAGUUGACCAAAAGCGAUCGACCAGAGCUUACCAGUGCAAAAGUAGUUGUAUCAGGUGGAAGAGGCUUAAAGAGCGGUGAAAAUUUCAAGUUGCUGUAUGAUCUUGCAGAUCAAUUGCAUGCUGCAGUUGGAGCUUCCCGUGCAGCUGUUGAUGCUGGCUUUGUUCCUAAUGACCUGCAAGUUGGACAGACGGGCAAAAUAGUAGCACCAGAACUUUAUAUUGCCGUGGGAAUAUCUGGAGCAAUCCAACACUUGGCUGGGAUGAAAGACAGCAAGACCAUCGUUGCUAUUAACAAGGACCCAGAAGCUCCAAUUUUUCAAGUGGCAGACUACGGACUGGUGGCAGACUUGUUUCAGGCAGUGCCUGAGAUGACGGAGCUCCUGAAGAAGAAGUGAGCAACACUGCUGGCCCCCACACUGCGUUUUGGGGGGUAAUGACAAAAAAAAAAAAGAAGAAAAAAAUAGUACUGGAAAGCGCUGGUGUCAGCAUAUGUUUUUGCUGGGCAGUGUGGGUUGCUGAGACAGGUGGUAAGAAGGAAUAAUAACAAAUAAAGGAUUGUAGGGGAA